AUGGAUUGGAUAUCUGCAAGUUUGCGAAUUUUCGUGAUUUUUGUUUAUGCAAAAUUAACUAUUGGUCAAGAACUUCCCCCAGCUCCUGAAAGUUUACAGUUUACAAAAGGAGAACAAACAAGACUUACGGUCACUUUCAAAGGAAUUGCAAAUGUACCAAAAUAUGAAGUUAGUGUUCACGCUGUUUAUGAUGAAACCGAUUCGAACGGAUGGAUCUUGUCACUAGCUGGGGGACCUACAACGUCAACGUUAACAUUAAAUCAGCUGAAUGGAUUUCGACCCAACAUUCUGUAUAAAGUAAAGGUUGCUGGAGUUUUGAACGAGAUUGUGGGAAACCAAAGCGAAGUUGUCGCAAGAACAGCGGCCUCGGGUUUAAUUCUCAGCCCAGCUCAGAUAUUACCGACGAUAGCUGUUCUUUACGUGACCGAAACUCCUGGUUCUACACUAUGUCAGAUUGGCUAUAAAAAGGCGGGAGACCCGGCCGAAAAUGAGCAAUUCAUUCAAUCGGAAGAAGCCUGCAGAGUAGUCAUAAUUCGUGAAUUAGAUGCAAAUACCCAAUAUGAAGUACGAGGAAGAGUUAUAGCUGCAGGUGGAUACAGCUAUCCGGAUAAUGAUUAUGGCUCAGCAUUCACAAUAACUACUGCGAAAUUGUCUCUGUUUGCACGAGUUGAUCAAAAUGUCCUGUAUAAUGUUGACUUGAGCAAUCCGACUUCAGCAACAUACAUCAGCAGAGAAUCCGGUGUCAUUGGUACCUUGCAAGGCCUUUAUCAAUCAAACGGUGCAGACGUUUCAGAGUUGAACGUCCUCCAAUUUGAGUCUAAAGAUUCAGGAUCAAUAACAGUUGUUCAUCACGAAAUAUUGAUCAGUUCAUCAACAGUUCCAUCGCUCGCGCCUUACAAAUUCACAGACGGUUCUGGGGAAUUUGUCCUUGUAGAUGUCACUUCUUCCGUGAAAGCGAACGCGUACUCGUUGAUUAGGACUGGUGAUAAUUAUCAGCUGCAGUACAACGACGUUGCAAAUACAACUUCUUGCCCAUCUUUUGACGCUCGUCAGUUCGUUAUUAGUAACUCAAUAGAUGAAAUGAGUAGAACAGCGACGCUACAAGGAUUUUCACCGCAAACAACUUUACAAUUCUCGAUCGUUGGAAGUGGUUUAAGCAUCGGGUCAUCAAAUAUCUAUUUCUUUGAAAAUAAUUCGGCAAGUGCAAUCAGUCAAAAAUAUUUGUUGAAAUCGUGUCCGACAGGAUCAGAAAACCAGCUUUAUUCGCGAUACUUGAGUUCAAAAGCUUCAUCGACGACACCUGGAUACGAAGAUGUAUUUGUACAUACUACCGAUUUAUUCUCAUUCCCGGGAGUCCGCUCGACUGGAAUUAUGCAGGGAAACGGAUCAUUGAUAACAUUUAAACGUGUAUCGAACGCUGUGAAAUAUUUCAUUACAUCUGGCGGAACAACUGCAACGUUGGAUGAAACAGGGAUCGAUUCAAGCACUGAGUUUGAGGUACGAAUUUCACCAAUCGAAGCCGGAGAGGACAUCGGAGCGUCAUUGCAAAUAACAACCAAACCUUACGACGACCCAAAAGAUAAAACUAAUCCAAUAUCUUUAAAUACAUUGCCUUCAUUGCCAACGGGUGUCACUUGGCCCUAUCGCGAUCAGAAUAAUUUGACCUUACAGUGGGAUAAAGACGAGGGUGCGGUCGGUUAUUAUAUCCUAGUACGAAGCAAUCGAGAUACGCCUCUAGAAAUGAUUCAAGAGUACGAGACCCCUGACCCGGAAGCAAAAGUUGGAGAUUUGAAACCCGGAAGAUUUUACUUGGUGAAAGUUAUUCCUUAUAAUCACGCUGGAAACGCUUCAAGUGAUAGAGCAGGAUUUCAACUACACACAGAUAAAGACGACCCUUUUCUUUUCCGUGAUGCUGUAAACGUCAGUUACAAUUACAUUACAAUUGAGUGGACUGGCGGUAAGGAGGCAAACCUUUUGGAAAUUCAAGCCAUCUUCGGAACAGGUCAAGGCAACGACACAAAUAGCACAUCAACUGUGAAAUUUGACGUCACUGUUAACGUCACGUCACCUUACAAAAUGGAAGGUCUGCAACCGGAUACCGAAUAUAACGUAACAAUUGUUGCCACGUAUGACACAGGACUGACGCAAACUACUUAUGAAAUCUUUCAAACAGAUCCGUAUAUUACUACGACGAUGAAAGAUACGACUGCAGAUGAAACCACCACGCCAUUACCUGAGGAAACUACUACGUCAGAAAUCGACACCACAACGGCCGAUGUAGUAAUGACCACCACAGCUGAAGAUGACCAAACAACUUUUGAAACUACAGAUAAUAAUACUCCAACAACGGCAAGCGAUGAAAACACGACAAUAGAUGAAUCGCUUGCCACCACAGCAGAGCCAACAUCAAACUCAUCUACGACAUUCACGAUGCCAAAUGUAACUUCUGAAGAUGACAACUCAACCAUGUCUAAUAAUACAUCGUCUAACAUCAACAAUAGCACAGAAGAAAGUGUGACUGGUACAGUAGGUUUGCCACCUGCAGAAGGACUACAAUUAGAAUGGUGGCACUGGUUGCUGAUUGGACUUGGAGCAAUACUUUUGAUGGCUAUAAUUGCAAUUGCAGUCAAUGUUGCAAUGGGUGGAGCUGCUGCAGGUGGUGCGGGUGGAGGUGCUAAUUCCACUAAUAUAAUGAGGGCGAUUUUUGGUGCCAAAGGAAUGUAUGCAGUAAAUAAGGGUGGUCCACCGCCCCCUGUGCUAAAAAGCGAAACGUUCCGCGAUCAAGACUAGCGAACGAAGCAUUAACAGAAAAAUCAACUGUGAAAACACAUUACGAUAAUAUAUUUUUUGUAGCUUCAUGUAGAAAUUCGCCUCAGUAGAAAUAUGUAUUAUUCACUGUACUCUUGGCACUAGAAGUAGACUUUCCAUCCUGUUUUUAGCAAAGUUACUAG